AACUGACAAAUGCCAAGCUGUCGUACGUCAGCUUGACAUUUGACGCAAGUAACUUAACCUCGUAUAAUUUAUUUUUUCCGAAAGUUUUGAUUUGAUUGUUUUUAAUUCUCUUGCACAAUGAAUGCGCCACCAACAUUCGAAUCGUUUUUAUUGUAUGAUGGAGAAAAGAAGAUUAUUCGAGAACAAGAUACCAAAGUACCAAAUGCUGGAAUUUUUACAAUUAACAAAGAAGAUCAUACUCUGGGCAAUAUGAUCAGAAACCAACUUCUGAAAGAUCCUAAUGUACUUUUUGCUGGUUACAAGUUACCACAUCCUUUGGAACAUAAGUUUGUAUUACGAAUUCAAACGACUUCUGAAUACUCACCACAAGAUGCCUUAAUGAAUGCUAUUACUGAUCUACUCUCAGAGUUGUCCUUGUUUGAAGAAAGAUUUAAGGAAGCAAUUAAAGAGAAGAAAGAAGGUUUAGAUUAGUAUUAAACAAGUAAUUUUAAUGAUGUAAUUAAGAAAAUAAAUGUAUACCAAAAUAUAAGUUUUUAUUUAC